AUGAGUUCAAAUGGAUUAUCGAUCAAACUGAGUUGUUUGGCAGUUGCAGUGUGUAUGGCUCAGAGUAGUUUUGCUGAGCAAGCUUGGUCACAAGAUCGUCAAUGGUUAUUGGGCGAUUGGAAUGGGCAACGCCAACAACUGGAAAAAGACGGCUAUAAAUUUACUGCAUCUAUCAUGAGCCAAGCUGCAACCAAUUUAGACGGUGGCUAUCACGACAACAACAGCUUUGAAAAUGCAGCGCAAUUGGCGUUGGGUGCAAACUUUGAUUUAAAUAAAAUCGCGGGCUGGAAAGAUACCACAGCCAAUAUCUUAAUCACCAAGCGUGAUGGUAAUGCUUUAACUUUAGAAAGCAUUAAAGACCCACGUUCCAGUGCUUUGGGCAAUUCACAAGAAAUUUAUGGGCGAGGCAAAAUCUGGCGCCUGACCCAAGCAUGGGUCAAAAAAGGCUUUGCUGACAAUACCGUUCAAUUCAAGAUUGGUCGUAUGGGCAUGUCGGAUGACUUUAAUGGUUCACAAUGUGAAUUCCAAAACUUAUUACUUUGUGGCGGACAACUCGGUAAAUCCAUUGGUUCAAUUUGGUACAACUUACCCGUAGGUUUAUGGGGAACCAAUGUGAAAUACCAAUUUGCACCUGAGUGGACAUUGGGUGUCGGUGUUUAUGAAGUCAAUCCUGACAACAUUAAAACCGGCAAAAACGAUGGUUUUAACUUGGAUAUGCGAAAUGUUAAAGGCGCCACUAUUCCAGUAGAACUGGCAUGGCGUCCAAAACUAGCAGCAUUUGAUGGUUUAGCAGGCGAGUAUAAAGUCGGUGCGUUGUACUCGACAGCAGAAGCCAAUGAUAUUGCGAUUGCAGGCAAGGUGCAUGAUAGCAAACAUAGUUUUUGGCUCAAUGCACAACAACAACUGAGCCAAAAAGGCCAAGAUCCUAAACGUGGUUUGUUCGUAAGCUUUAAUGCUGUGGUCAAUGAUAAAGCCACCACGGCAGUACAAAGUACCCAACAACUUGCUUUCUGGUACAAAGGGCCUUUUGACAGUCGCCCAAAUGAUUCAAUCGGAUUUGGUAUUGCAAAUUAUAUGGUCAAUGAUCGUUAUAAAGAUCGCCAAAUUGCAACCAACAACAGCCGUGGCUAUGACCAAUACGAUAGGUUCGCAACAGAUUAUGUGCCAGUGCAACGUGAUGAGCUCAAUGUUGAACUGAACUAUACCUACCAAUGGUCACCUGCGGUCAUGCUACGACCCAACCUACAAUAUAUCCAUCAGCCUGCGGGUGUAAAAGAAGUGGAUGAUGCUUGGGUUGCUGGGUUGAGCAUGCCUUUGGCUUUACUUGUGACAGGGCUAUUCUUUACCGUUGGUGGUGCUAAGCUGGUAACACUUGGAGGAUCAUGGUAUUUCGUGAUUUCUGGUGUAUUCACACUGGCAUCAGCGAUAUUUAUAUUUAAGAAAAAAACGCUCGGUGUCUGGUUAUUUAGUUUGGUUUUUGUGGGCACAAUUAUUUGGUCAUUGCUAGAUGCAGGUUGGGAAUUUUGGCCUUUAUUUUCAAGACUGAUGUUUCCAGCAGGUUUAUUUGCUGCAUUGAUGUUUACUUUACCCGCGAUUCGUCGUUACCAGUUUCAACCGAGUGCGAGCUUGCCAGCUUUUGGCUUAGGUGCACUCACAGUUUUAGGCAUGUUGAUUGGGCUUUAUCAAAUGUUCCAACCACAUCCAACGGUUGCAGCUUCAGGUCAGGAAUUGCCAUUGGUCCCUGUUCAAGCGGACCUGAAACAAAGUAACUGGCAGCAUUAUGGUCAGGAUGCAGGCGGCAGUCGCUUUGCUGCACUUGAUCAAAUUACUCGUGAUAAUGUCCAUCAACUCAAAGAAGCAUGGCGUUUUCGUACAGGUGAUUUCACCACGGGUUCAGGCAAUGGUGCAGAAGAUCAAAUGACCCCUUUACAGGUGGGCAACAAGAUUUUCUUAUGUACACCACAUAACAAUAUUUUUGCUUUAGAGGCUGACUCAGGUAAACAGCUUUGGAAAGCCGAAGUAAACUCUAAAUCGGAUGCAUGGGAACGUUGUCGUGGUGUGGCUUACUUCGAUUCAACCCAAGCACUAACCCAACCGACUUUGGCUGGUGCAACCCCUGUUCAAGCUGUCGCUAAUAAUACCGCUUGUCUACGCCGUGUUUAUACCAACACACCAGAUGGUCGUUUAAUUGCGGUCAAUGCUGAUACCGGUGAACGUUGUAAAGAUUUUGGUAUUGAUGGAACGGUUGAUUUACUCAAAGGUUUGGGUGAAGGAACCACCGCGCCACGUUUUGAAGUGACCUCUGCACCAACUAUUGCGGGCACAGUGAUUGUGGUGGGUAGUCGUAUUGCAGAUAACCUUGCCGCAGAUAUGCCGGGUGGGGUGAUUCGUGCUUAUGAUGUGAUCACAGGUCAAUUGCGCUGGGCAUUUGAUCCACGUAAUCCUGAUCCAAACUAUGUGUUAAAAGAAGGUGAAACCUAUAAACGCAGUUCUGCAAACUCUUGGGCAGCAAUGUCGUAUGACCCAAAAAUGAACACAGUAUUUUUACCAAUGGGUAGCUCAUCUGUGGAUGUUUGGGGAGGCAACCGUCAACCUUUGGAUCAUAAAUACAAUUCAUCCGUAUUGGCUUUAGAUGCAAGCACAGGUAAAGAAAAAUGGGUCUAUCAAACUGUUCAUAAUGACCUAUGGGAUUUUGAUUUACCGAUGCAACCAAGCUUGGUUGAUUUCCCAAUGAAAGGUGGUAAGAAUCAACCUGCUGUGGUGAUUGGAACCAAAUCUGGACAAUUCUUUGUAUUGGAUCGCUUAACAGGUAAACCAUUAACCAAGGUAAUUGAACAGCCCGUGAAAGCUGCGGAUAUUCCGAGUGAACAAUAUAGCCCAACUCAACCACGUUCUGUUGAAAUGCCACAAAUUGGUAAUCAAACUUUGACUGAAUCGGAUAUGUGGGGUGCAACACCAUUUGACCAGCUGAUGUGUCGUAUCGGCUUUAAAUCUAUGCGUUAUGAAGGCUUAUAUACUGCACCGGGUAAAGAUAAAUCUUUAAGUUUCCCAGGCUCUUUGGGCGGCAUGAACUGGGGCAGUAUUGCCUUUGAUCCAAGCCAUCAAUAUAUGUUUGUCAACGACAUGCGUUUAGGUUUAUGGAUUCAGUUGAUCGAACAAACACCUGAAGAUUUGGCAAUUCAGGCAAAUGGUGGUGAAAAGGUCAAUACAGGUAUGGGCGCUGUACCGAUGAAAGGUACACCGUAUAAAGUCAAUAAAGAUCGCUUCUGGUCGAAGUUGAAUAUUCCAUGUCAAAAACCGCCUUAUGGCACCAUGACUGCCAUUGAUAUGAAAACUCGUCAGAUCGCUUGGCAAGUGCCGAUGGGAACAGUCGAAGACACUGGACCUAUGGGCAUAAAAAUGGGAUUAAAAGCACCGAUUGGUAUGCCUACCAUUGGUGGACCAAUGGCAACACAAGGUGGCUUAGUCUUCUUUGCAGCAACGCAAGAUUACUACUUACGUGCCUUGGAUUCAUCUUCAGGUAAAGAGUUGUGGAAAUCACGCUUACCUGUCGGUAGCCAAGGAACGCCAAUCAGCUAUGUUUCACCUAAAACAGGUAAGCAAUAUGUGAUGGUGACUGCGGGCGGUGCUCGACAAUCUCCUGAUCAUGGUGACUAUGUGAUUGCCUAUAGUCUGAAAUAA